GUGAGGGCUGGAUCAGCUGGCUGGACUGAGAAGUAUGUUGGUGACGGCAAUGACAGAGUUUCCAAAGGAGGCAACGGCAGGCUGAACCUCCGCCCGCUUAGGCAUCCUCCGCAAGAACCGAGCCCGGCGCUCUCCGCCCCUCAGCAGCCGGUUGUUGUCAAAACUGUUCCCAAGGAAUGGCUGCCGACGUUCAUAAGAAGAGUGGAGAUGUGCUCAAUGGGUCACUGUUCCCAGAUGAUGGACAGCAUGCGGAGAGAUCUGAGAGUCCUACACCGGGGCUGGCUCAGGGAACAGAACCAGGAGCAGGCCAGGAAGGAGCAAUGUUUGUUCAUGCCCAGUCCUACGAGGACCUGACCAGCACAGAUAAUCCAGACGCAACUCUUCAGAUGCCAGGUGAUGGGGAAGAUGUCCAGGCUGACCAGACCAUGAUAGAAGAGAUCAGCAAGGACUUCAGUGAACUGAGCACACAACUCACUGGCAUAGCACUAGACUUGGAAGAAGAGAUAAGGCAGAGCAAAGAGGACAAGCUGGAACUUUCCCCCCAGGCUUCACGUCGGGACUCCGUCCUCUCAGGGAAGGAGGAAGAGGAUGUGGCCAUGGAUGCCUGGCGCAUGCACCAAAAACAUGUCUUUGUUUUGAGUGAGGCAGGCAAGCCAGUGUACUCCAGAUAUGGGUCUGAAGAAGCACUCUCCAGCACUAUGGGGGUGAUGAUGGCGCUAGUAUCCUUUGUAGAAGCACAAGAGAACGCUAUCAGGUCUAUCCAUGCAGAUGGGUACAAGGUGGUGUUUGUGCGUAGGAGCCCCCUGGUGUUGGUUGCUGUGGCUCAGACCCGGCAGUCAGAGCAAGAAAUUGCUCAGGAGCUCCUUUAUAUCUACUACCAGAUUCUCAGUCUGUUGACCUGGACCCAGUUGAAUCGCAUCUUCCAGCAGAAGCAGAACUAUGACCUAAGAAGACUGUUGGCAGGCUCUGAGCGAAUCACUGACAACUUGCUAGACCUGAUGGCUAGAGACCCCAGCUUUCUGAUGGGAGCUGCGCGUUGCCUGCCCAUGGCUUCUGGAGUCAGGGAGAUUGUAAGCACCUGCCUCCAGCAAGCCAAAGCGAAAAGUCUGGUGUUUGCCAUCCUGCUGUCCAACAACCAGCUAGUGUCACUGGUGAGGAAGAAGGACCAGUUCCUGCAUCCUAUUGACCUCCAUUUGCUCUUUAAUCUAAUUAGUUCAUCCUCCUCAUUUAGAGAAGGAGAAGCCUGGACCCCAAUCUGCCUACCCAAGUUCAAUUCAAGCAGCUUCUUCAGUGCCCAUAUCUCCUACCUGGAGCAAGACACAGACCUGUGCCUGCUCCUGAUCUCUACUGACCGCGAAGACUUCUUUACUGUGUCUGACUGCAAGCGCAGGUUUCAAGAACGCCUGAAGAAGCGUGGUGUUUAUCAUGCCCUCUUGGAGGCACUACACACACCUUUCUACAGUGUCUCCAAGGUGGGAAUCCCAUAUCUCAGACACUUCAUCUAUAAAUCCAAGAGUUCUGGACUCUUCACCAGCCCAGAGAUUGAGGCUCCCUACAUCACUGAGGAGGAAAAGGAGAGACUUCUGGGGCUCUAUCAGUACUUACACAGCCGUGCCCAUAAUUCUUCCCGCCCUCUAACAAACAUCUAUUAUACUGGAUCUCAUGAAAACCUCCUGGCUUGGGUAACAAAUGCUUUUGAGCUCUAUAUGUGCUUCAGUCCACUGGGGACCAAAGCAGCGGCUGUCAAUGCUGCCCACAAGCUUAUGAGGUGGAUCCGUAAGGAAGAGGAUUGGCUUUUUAUAUUAACCCCACAGACUUACUGACCUCAGUGCUGUGGCCUGUGCAAUCUGCCCAGUGGUUAUUAAGCUUCCUGCUUCUCAGAGCCAGCAAGUGCCUAGAGAGACAUUUUCAGCCCACUGGUGUGCCAAAACACACACUCUUUCUUUCUGAGGUAGAUUCUCUCCCCAGCCAUGAAUGUGAAGAGGAAAAGAAAUAAGCAGCGGAGCUCUGUAACCAUCUGGAAGGAAGACUUUUAUCUGAGUUUAUAGUAGAUUUUUGAAAUUGUGGCUGCUGCAUCUGAAGCACAGACCUCCUGCAGUUGUAUGUGUACUGUGCCCACCACUUUCUCUAUUCCCAGACUUAAAGGGUUGGCUCCAAUGACUCCCUUCCACGGAGAAGCCUCCCUCCCAUUUCCCUUUACUGGAGCAGGACUGCUCUCUUCUGGUAGAGAAUGGUUGUAUUCAAUGUCUCAUUUGCGGUUGGCUGCACUUCUUUUUGGAGACUGUUUUAUAAAUAGUAUGAGUUUCCCCUGGAA